AUGUCCAACUACAUGUUUAGAGUCUAUCUUAUUUUAAUGAAUUGUCUAUGUAAAUAUAUCUUCUACUAAUUUAGUAAUUUGGAGUUGUGAUCAAGGAUAAGUUGAAAUUGAUUGCUCAUGUCUGGAUUAUUCCUCUAAUUGUGUAAGUUUUACUGUUCCUUAUUUUUGUGACUCUUUUAUUCAAGGAUUUUAUCGGAAUUUCUCUUACAAAUGUUCUGCUUGUUCAAGAAAUUGCCAAGUAUAUAGGGCAUUUUCUUGCUCAACUUUCCUUCCAAAAUUUUAUAAAUCUGGCUCAAAUUUUUAAGCCUUCCCUACUUACUGUGCUACUUACACAUCUAAUACUGUAUGUUAAACUUGUGUAGAUCAUUAUUUUAUUAUUGGAGCUAUUUGCUCAGUUUGUGAUACUACUUGUAAGGCAUGUUUAGGUACUAGUAGUACUUGUACAUCAUGUGAGGUAGGCAAAGAUCUUUAAAUUCAUAAUUUCUUCCUUGCACAUCCCCAUGCACUGCUUGCAUCAACAAUUCAUAUUUUUGUAAUUGACAUUAAUUAAACUGCUAUCAAUUUUUAAUGUGUUUGCAAUGAUUUUAUAUUGAUGGAUCAAAUCAAUGUUAAGUUUGUUAAGCAACAUGCUCAAAGUGUGAAAAUAAUGGUAAUGAUUUUUCUGAUUGCAUCUCUACUUUUGCAUCAGUUAGAAUAUGUAAUACAAAUGUGAAUGUUCAUAUGUUUAUUUUUAAGUUGAUUCUCAAACAUGUUAAGAAUGUGUAAUUCUAAGUUAAAUUUGCGUAUAGAAUGAAAAUCACUGUUUAUUUUGUGUUGAUAGUAAUUCAAUAGUAAAUAAUUCAUUUUUGUGUUUAUGUAAAAAAUGUUGGAUUUUAGAUACUGAUGGUAUCACAUGCAUCAAAAGUUAAUUGCCAUGUUUAGAUUUUGCAAUUACAAUAAAUAAUUGUGUUACUUGUAAAGAUCAAAUACAUUAAUAAGCUGAGUCUUGUCAAUGUGAGUCUGGAUGGAUAUUUGAAGAUAAUUACUUUUGCAUAACUUUUCAAUAGCCAUGUAAAACUUGUGAGAUAAUUAAUAAUAGAUGCUUAACAUGUUUAGAUACUAAUUAUGAACUUUAUAACAUAUCAUAAUUUGUUUGCAAUUCACUUAUUAUUCUGAUAGUCUCAUUACAUGUGCAAAGUUUUAAGAACCAUGUUAUGAAUGCAAUAUUAAUGGAUUUAUCAACUGCAUAGAUAUAAAUCAAAUCCUAGUUUUCAUUAAAUGUUGUAUUUUUAAAUCUAGAUAUCUUUAAUAAAGUGUUUUGUGUCUUAAAUGUUAAAUUCCAUGUUCUACAUGCAUCAAAUCUGUUAAUGAAUUUGUAACAUGUGCGGAUCCAAAUUAGAUAAUCAAUCAUAGGUUAUAAAUGUUUAUGUAAAGAAGAGUUUGUGAAUAAGAUUGUUAAGGAAUAUAUAAUUGUAAUAAUUGUAAUAAUUGUAUUAAAAGAUUCUAUUUGUCCAAUGUUAAUAAAUGUUUAAAAUUUAUUGAUCAUAGUGAUGUUUGUUAUAAUCAAAUAAUUGUGAAAUUUGUUAAGAGGAAUACUUUUUUAAUGAAUCUAGAUUAUGUAAGGCAUAUAUUGCUUCUUGUAAUAUUUGUGGCAAUUCAUUUAGUUGUGAUGUAUGUUUAGAUGGAUAUUACCUAUUGA